AUCACGCGCCCGACCCGCGUGUUACGACAGUUUGGGUAUGUACAGAAUAGACUCGCGGCUACGGAUUGGGCGUACGGCCACUAUGUGAGGGACGAGCGUGUGGGCGUCGAUGAUGCAUGGCAGCUCCAUAUGCAGUAGCAGGUCCAGAGUUGGGAUGCGAGGAUGACGAGCCUAACAGCGGUCGGACAUGACACUCCGAUCCAUGUGUACAUGGAGUGGUUCAUGCGGAUCACUCGCAUCAUUAUUGGCAACCCCUCUAGGCGUCAUCCAGAUAGCCUAGGAUAUGUAGCUCUCGCAGGAGCGUAUGAGGCGCUGGUACGGACCGUUCAAAUGAUGCGCUAUGAGAGCACUGCCCGUACAAAGGCCCCUGAGACAGUGGAGUAUGCAGCACGGAUGAUUGAGCUUGCUGAGACUGGUAUGCGACAUGCACAUGACUUUGAGUGUCUCGGUGAGCGUGUUCCCGGUGCCCCACCUCAGACAGCUGCCCUACCUCGGGCAGCAGGUGGUCGUGGUCGCCGAGGAGCUUGUGGCCGUCGCAGAGGUGUUAGGGCUAGCAGAGGUGAUGAGGCUCUGUCGGCUUCAGAGAUCCCGCCGAGUUCUUACCGGCCAUCGACUACAGAUAUCCCAUCGACUUCUUCUUCCCGACCGUCGACUUCACAGGCACCUCUGUAUAUGCAGGACCCUUUUUCAGAUUAUGUGCCCUGACCUUUAUUUCCACAUCUACCAGUUCGUGAUCCACAGGGUGAGCGGCCGGUUCGUGGUCUACAGGGUGGCCUACAUCUGGACUUCGACGCCAUGUUUGAGGACUUUGUGUUUGAUACGGCACCAUCUGCAUCUC